UAUAAAGGUCGGAUACCUUACAAUUACUCCAAUAACCAUAAAGUUUACUUAUUGACAGCGGUGGAACAAAUUUAUUCCGUGUUGAGUCUUGCUAGCAUCAAUGCGGCAUUCAAUACUCUGUUUCCAACAAUGAUGUUUCAAAUUUGUGCUAAACUUAAUAUUCUCAAAUAUCGUUUUAAAAUGACGAUCAAACAAUUAGAGAAUACGGAGGAUAAUAAGCUGGGUGAAAAAAUCUGCGGUCGAACUCAAAAACAACUGAUUGCAAAUUGGGUGGAAAGUCAUAUUAAACUUUUAAAUUUAUUUAAUUCUGUUAAUACGUUAUUCACAAGCGCUAUUUUUAUUCAUUAUAUUGUUAAUUCAAUUUUACUGUGUACUAUUGCAAUGUUCGCAACAUUUGAAAAUCUCCGUAAUGUAAUUUUUGAUACCAAAUGGUAUACCACUAAAAAGGCUGUCCAAAAAUCGAUGAUUAUAAUAAUGUCUCAGUCAAUAAUACCUGUCGAAUUCGUCAGUGGAUACUUUGUUAGUUUAUCACUAGAUUCAUUCAAAAAGAUAAUCAAGCUAUCAUAUACGAUUUACAAUGUUCUGGAGUGA